AUGGCUUCAGCAACUUUAAAAUUCUUCAUUGUCUGCCUCCCAAUCUUUCUGCUAGCAAAAGUUGAAGCGGACGUUGAAUGCUAUCAGUGUGGUGGCCGCGAUGAGUGUGCUCUGGGUUUGGAGAAGAUCAAAAAGUGUCGCGGCGUCUCUUGCUACUCUGAAGCUGAGAAACAUGACCAGAACGUAAUCUACACGAGAGGCUGUCGCAGCGAGCCGCGAGAAGAACGCUGCACGAAGAUACAGUACUUCGAGUUGUACUUCUGCGACUGUCGAGGGGAUCUCUGCAAUAGGCUGUCUUACUCCGAGCUGGAAAAGCAAUUUGGAAGCGCUGUUGAAGAGCCAAUGAGAUGA